UGUCUUUAUGUGUGUGCGGCUCAUUUGUUUCGUUACACGUGUCUUUUUUUUUUACAAUCGUGAAUUUCUUCUUUUCCAUCCAUCGACAAGCUUGUAAAAAGCUAAAGAAAAAUCAUCAUUUUUUCUAAAAUUAUUUAUUUUCAUUCAACAAAACAAUCAAAAAUAAAAAUGCUUAACAUCGGUGGAGAUAUUAAUUCCGAUCAAGGCUUGAAAAAGCUUGAUGAAUAUCUGGCUACACGUAGUUACAUCGAAGGUUAUAUACCAACACAAUCGGAUAUUAUUUUGUAUGAAGCAUUGAAAAGUGUAUCCGCUAAAUAUGAACACGCAUCUCGAUGGUAUACACACAUUAAAAGCUAUCAAUCAGAAAAGAAUAAACUUCCUGGUUUGAAAAAAUCAUUACAAGAUUAUGGCGUCACUGGUGGUGGUGGCAAACCGGCCGCUAAAGAUGAUGAUGAUGAUAUCGAUCUUUUUGGUUCAGAUGAAGAACCAGAUGAGGAAGCUGAAAAAGCUCGUGAAGAACGUCUUAAAGCUUAUGCUGAAAAGAAAGCUAAAAAACCAGGAACAAUCGCCAAAUCGAACGUUGUAUUGGAUGUAAAACCAUGGGAUGAUGAAACCGAUAUGAAAGCUAUGGAACAAAAUGUACGUUCCAUUGAAAUGGAUGGCCUUAAAUGGGGUGCAUCGAAAUUGGUACCAUUAGCAUAUGGUAUUAAAAAAUUACAAAUUGUAUGCGUUGUUGAAGAUGAUAAAGUGAGCAUUGAAGAAUUGUCCGAAAAAAUUGAAGCAUUCGAAGAUUUUGUACAAUCAGUAGAUGUGGCUGCUUUCCAAAAAAUCUAAAAUAUAUACACAUACAGAAUUGUUUCUAUUGGCUUUUAUUUUUCGUUCGAAUCAAUCGAAAAUAAU